UGUAUACUUCUUUUAGUUUUAACAAAUCUCACAAAAAAAAAAAAAAAAACCCCACCAAUAAAAAGAAAAGAAAAGAAAAUGUCGGGUACUUUCAGCUUUCUCAACUUUAUUUCCUCACGUUCAACAACGAAGCAAAAAAGCAGGAAAGCACGAUCAGAAAAUUCAUCACAAAUAAGAACAGAAAGCAUGUCAUCAUCAAACAGGAGUUUCGAGCCAACCAUGGAGGAGAUGAAAUGGGCGUUCAAUAAAUUCGACACCAACAACGACGGCAAGAUCAGCCCGGAAGAGUACAAAUUGGCAAUGAAAGCUCUCGACCGAGAGAUAGCAGACUCAGAGGUAACCAAAGCGUUCCAGCUGAUCGAUACCGAUGGAGAUGGAGCCAUCGAAUUCAAAGAGUUCGUGGAGAUGUUCAAAAUGGGAGGCGGAGCAAAUGCAGCUGAGAUUCAGAACGCAUUCAGGGUGUUUGAUUUGGAUGGAGAUGGGAAAAUAAGUGCUAAGGAACUGUCUCAGGUGAUGAAGAAGCUAGGAGAGAGUUGCAGCAUGAAAGCUUGCCAUAACAUGGUCAAAGGUGUUGAUAGUGAUGGGGAUGGUUUUAUAGACGUUGAUGAAUUUACCAGGAUGAUGUCAUCUACUGGCAUUAAAACUACUAAUUAAUUAGAACUACAAUUACAUUGAUGUAUGUGAUCUUUUAAUUUCAUGUCAUUUUAUAAACUUCUAAUAAGAUGUUGUUGUAUGCAUGCCUUAGGAUUAGAUUUUAUGAAACCUUUUGAACUGGCAUGCACGUAUGUUUUAGUUGUUAUAAUAUUCAUAUAUAUAUAUAUAUAUAUGCAGCUAUACAUAUGUCGACAAAUAUAGGCAUGUCUUGUGUA